CGUUUUUACGCGCAAACUCGAUUUCCUCGCGAACACCACACGUGUGUUCUCUAGAUCUAAAGAUUUUCUGCCGUCAUACACAAGUGAUUCUAGGAUCAAAUUAUUUACCUUACACGACAAUAUGGAUUUCAAUUUUACCCUGAUCGGGCGCGACUUUCUAGACUUAUGCGCGCUGGCUCAGACACUUCUAACUUCGGGGACCAACUACUCUUUGCGUCUGGGUAACUACUCUCUGUUUGACAACGGAUCGGAGUUCUACGAGGAGAACUCCUUGGAUGUAAACACUAACAUGUACUCGAAGGUCCUGGUCACUGUGAUAUAUAUCGCGCUCUUUGCGGUAGGUUGCUUAGGAAACUCCGUUACGCUUUACACUCUGCUUGCCAAGAAGUCCCUACAAAAUCUCCAAAGCACGGUCCACUACCACCUGGUUAGUCUCGCAGUCUCGGACUUGCUUAUCCUUGUCCUCAGCAUGCCUGUAGAGCUUUACAACUUCAUCUGGGUCCAUCACCCUUGGGCGUUUGGAGGAGUCGUUUGUAAAGGUUACUAUUUCAUUCGGGAUGCCUGCUCAUAUGCGACGGCAUUUAACAUCGCUAGCCUCAGCGUGGAGCGUUAUAUGGCGAUUUGCCACCCUUUCAAGGCAAAGAGCAUCAUGUCCCGCAGCCGCACCAAGAAACUGAUUAGCGGGAUGUGGGUCGCUUCGUUCCUCCUAGCCUCUCCGAUGCUCUUCGCCAUGGGGCAGAAGUCCCAUCAAGGGGAGAAGAUUUGCACCACCAUCGUGUCUCCCUUCUUAUUGAAGAUGGUGAUACAGGUGAAUGUGUUCCUGUCCUUUGUGGUUCCCAUGGUAGUCAUAUCUGCUUUGAAUGGGGUAAUCGCAAGUCAGCUGUUGCGUAUGUUCAGAGAGACGAAGCAGGACAACCGCAUCUGUAUCGUCGAGGGCAACCCUACCAUGCUCAGUGUAGCUGUGGAGCCAAACCGCACGCAGUCGCUGCGUCAUGGAGUCAUGGUUCUACGGGCUGUGGUUGUUGCUUUUGUGGUGUGUUAUCUACCGUAUUACGUACGGCGCCUCAUGUACUGCUAUGCAGAGUUCUCAGAGGAAGGGUAUGAUGUCUACCAUUACUUCUUUAUGGUGACCAAUGUCCUCUUCUAUGUGAGCUCAGCCAUCAACCCAAUCCUCUACAACCUGGUCUCAGCCAACUACAGAGAGAUCUUCUUCAACACGCUUCGCUGCUUUUGCCUUCCAUGUUGUCGCAAGAAAGAAAGACGUCCUCUGACCAGACACUCGAUCAGCAUCUGCAGUAACCACACAUUCUCUUCCAACAUCAACAAGGAGACCGUUUACUGAUGGCACACCCCGAAAACACUCUAUUUUAGAACAGCAGUGAAUGGAAUCUUAAUGUGGGGUCAUUGUGGACCUUGGCACUGUGAAUCACUGAUAGUUUGUUCUACAUACUUCAACGAAAAAUUGUCCUUAGGACAUUCCCAGAAGCCAGGAGGUAUUUGUCGUGGUCCCCCGACUUGUCCCCCCCCAAACCAUUCUUAGGAUGUCCACAGUUGGCUGGGUAGACUAAACGCAGAACAUAUAAAAAAUGUGAUAUUGGUCACUUGACAGAAGGAAGGAAUGAAAGAAGGAAGAAAGUGUUGGAUGUAAUAGUCUUUUACACUGUAAAUAUUGUACACACUAUAUGUACGUACAUUCUGAUUUCUGUAGAACUAUAAAGGCACUUUUGGUUUUAUCUGCUCACAGUAGUUUACACAAUUAUAUUGUGAUGAUCAAUACAAUCUGCACUUAUCGGCAUUCAUCAGGAUUUUAGAAAUCUGAGGCUAGAAAUAUACACAAUGUGAACGUUACCCCUUCAUAGGCUUUUGGAAUGUGGGGAGAAAUUAAGAGCAUCGGUAUUUCAACCUUGAAAACAGGCAUCUUGUAAAUUCAAAACGUUUUAAAUGCAUUAUCACAAAUUUCAGAAGACAAACCGCGGUUAUAAAUUGGAAUGGGGGGAAGACUUUUACAGGGUAUCAAUAUUUCUCUUUCACAUUACAUUUACAUUCUUUUAGGUGAUAAAAAAUGGUGGUCAAAUGAACCACAAUAUAUUACCUGCUAAGGGUUUAAAGCCAGGAAAAGUAUUGAUCAAAAAUGUUUCAGUCUGCCUAGACUGUGAAGGUUCAUUAAAUGCUGUAAGAUGAUGUCAUAGUCUAUAUUAUUUUGCCCAAUCUCAGGCCCUGGAGGGACAAAAUACUGGAGAUUUUUCUUUUACUUAGAAAUUAAUUGCACUCACUUGGUUUCCCAGGUCGGAAUCAGUCCCUUUACAUGAGAAAAUAAAAAACAGAAGAGUUUUGGCCCUGUGAGACCUGAGAUAGGACCUGAAUAGCCUUGCACUACACUGUCCACAUGACUGCUUGAGAAAAUAAUAAUAAUUAGGUUUAGGUGCCCCGAAAGUUUGUGCCCUGCAUGUCUGCUGUACUGAGACAGGCAACCGCAAAGGCUAUAUCCAUGUUCACAGAAUAAUAGGAUUGUCAUUUAAAAUGGAAAAACAGGAAUUUUCAUCAACAGUAUAAUAUAGAUAUAUAAUACAAAAAGUUUAGCGAAAAAUAUAUUAAAAUACUUUUUUAAAGUAUCCCUGGACCACUUUGAAAAGUCCUGCUUAAUGGGAUUCUACUUAGUUCAUAAAGUCAAAAGUGUUAUUUGCUCAAUACAGUGGCUUACAAAUGGUUUAAUACGCCAUUGCACUCACAAUCAUUUUUAAUCUCUUAAACAUUAGUGCAAAUGGCGGCAGUCAAAUUAAAUACACAAUUGGCGGGAUGAUGAUGAUUCAAGGGAAGGGGGAGUAUUAGGAUUUAGCCUGGGUGUUUCCAAUGCUGAAUGCCCAUUGAAGACCGAGGGUAGAAAGGAGACAGCCAUUGUGUUUUGUCUGUGUGUUUGGGUUUGUCUGGGUAUGCUGCCUGCAUGGAUGGAAGAGUUUUUAACUCCUUAGCUUUGAUUAAGAAACACAUUCAAUCAAUGUUGGUUGUCACCAAAAAAUAAGAUUUUGACUGCUAAUCCGGCAAGGCCAAUAUAUAUGAAUAUAUAGGGCUACUACUACUACUUUCCCAGGCAUUGGUUAUUGCUUAACUGAUCCUAAUAAGAAAAAUUUUGUAACAGGGAGAUACACCACGAAUGGACACAGUACCAGCGUUGAGUGACGUGGAGGGUGUUUCAUUACCACACUAAAGUGAAAAUGAGCAGGAAAAAACAAACAAGGCAAACCACUUUUCUCUUUGGUGUGUUGCUGCAACGCUGAGGCAGUUAAAAGGGCACUUUCAGCAUCAGUAUGUUUUUCACACCAAAAAUAUGUAAAUGUGAAUCUAGAAGGUGCAGCACAGCCUAAAUACAUAUGAUAGGAGAAAGCUGGGAACUGAAAUCUCUGUAAAAGACUGUGAGGAAAGCUUAGAAAAUACAUCAAUUUCACUCUUCUAGCUAGGCCACCAGAACUGUCAAGGAGAACAAAGGGAAGACAAAGAGAGAGGGUCAUCCCAUACCCAUAAUCUAAACAAGGGAGUUUGGUGGAGAGGUGCAGCUGUCUGAUAGUGUAUCUAGAAGGGAAAAAUGGAAGGAGGAAUGUCUGUAUGUCUGUUGUUUUAGUUUAUUUUUU